AUGGCCGCGGUGGCGAUUGCGGCGACGGUCGUUCAGCCGUUCAGCGCUCAGGCGUCUGUCGUCUGUCGUCUCCAAAACCUGAAGCUGCUGGCUCGAGCCGCGGCCGACUCUGCCAUCGCGGCUGCAGCUGUUGAGCUCUCCAGAAGACUGGCAGUCGUGGCAUCCUAUGGGUCGUCCAGAGUAUCGACCUCUGGCUUGUCAGCCGGUCACUUUGAUGACACCAUGAAGUAUAGCGAUCGCCAUCUCGCUGGCCUCUUCGCAAGGCCUCCCGACCGCGUCGAACUCAUCGACGCGGGCUCUCUCGGCUACGGGACCGGCCCCAGCUUCGGCUGA